UGUGGGGCAGCGCGGCGGGCAUGAUGCAGAGAGAGGGGCAGCUGAGGGAGUACCCGGGCAGUAGCCGGCACUGAAUCUCUUCCUUGUGUGACAGGAGAGCGCGGCAAUAGAGAGACGCCUGCGUGUGACUGCUGGGAAGCGCCAGUGUCCGCCCUCCCCGCCCACCAGCCUCCUCCUUUCUGGGAAGCUGCGAGGAACCAAAACCUCCUGUGCCCUGGGUCUGACAGGUGACAGCGUGAGCCAACCAGCGCGGCGAACCCAUUGCUGCCACAGGCACCGAGCCGAGAGGGGGCGUGAGACGGAGCCGCGGCGGGAGAAGGGGUUAAGGUCCGUGCGUAAUGAAUAUGAGCAGAGAGUUCACCAAGUACAAGUGGAGGACAAUCACUACGUUGAGAAAAAUGUGAGAAUCCAAGAGAUAUAAUACUGGUCUGGGAAAUCAACAUCCAGCAACCGGUUGCUGCCCGCAUCCAGUGUUUGUCUAUCGUCAGGCAUCCUGUCAAUGGCAACCCAAAGGAGGCGCUUUGUAAAAGAAUUUAAUCCUCAUAUCACAUGCUACAUCUGCAAAGGUUAUCUUAUUAAGCCAACCACAGUUACAGAGUGCCUGCAUACAUUUUGUAAGACUUGCAUUGUUCAGCAUUUUGAAGAAAGCAACGACUGUCCUAAAUGUGGGAACCAAGUGCAUGAGACCAACCCUUUAGAGAUGUUAAGGUUAGAUAACACAUUGGAAGAAAUUAUAUUCAAGUUGGUUCCAGGACUGCGGGAAGGGGAACAGAAUCGAGAACUGGAAUUCUGGAAGAGGAAACAACCUCAUGAAAAUGGAGAUGAUGGAGUGAAUGUGAAAAGGCCUAGAGAAGACGAAGAGGAAAAUGAUGAUGACAGGGACUAUCACAGAAGUGAUCCACAAAUUGCCAUUUGUCUGGACUGCUUACGUAAUAACAGCCAAUCUGGAGACAACAUAGUGAAGGGUCUAAUGAAGAAAUUCAUCCGUUGUUCAACUCGUGUAACUGUUGGCACUAUUAAGAAGUUUCUGAGUUUAAAAUUAAAACUUCCAAGCACAUAUGAGCUGGAUGUACUAUGCAAUGGUGAAAUUAUGGGAAAGGACCAUACGAUGGAGUUCAUAUACAUGACAAGAUGGCGACUGAGGGGUGAAAAUUUUCAGUAUCAGAAAAGCUCGACUUCACUGCACAUGUCUCUCACCGAAACUGCACGCGGAGUUUCAGAGGCAUCCACAAUCUCUUACCCCAUGGUAUUACAGUAUCGACCAAGAAUUGACUUUGGUUAAGACACACAAGGGUCUGGACCACAGUAAGAAGAUUUCUGCACUAUAUGUUUACUCAUCGACAGAUUGCACAAUGAAUGGAUGUGCCUGGACUAUGGACAAAUACAAAGCCUUCUUUACAGCGUGAGAAGAUGGAUAUGUUAUUUCUAUCAGAAAUGUGAUCCAGUUUGUGUUCCAAGUAGCCAAGUGCCAGUCCACAACCAUCUACAGAUACUAUGUUUUUUUUUAUUGUCGUCUAGAAGGUUCAGCCAUGCAUAUGGAAGUGGAUGGGAUGCGUACAGACAUUAGAUUUUUUGGCGGCAUACAAUAUUGCUAUACUAGUGUAUAAGUGUAUUGCCUUAGAUGAGACGUGCUGCAAUAACUACACAAAGCUUGUCAUAUUAAAACACAAGGAGGAUUGUAGUAAAAGUGUUGAAAGGGACACAGAAUGUUUAACUAAUUAUCCCUCAUAGAAGGAUAAAAUAGGGGCUGGACAGAGGCAAACAUUUCCCUUUUUUUGCUCCAGGGUUUUUUGUAUGUUUUUUUGUGAUUUCCUUCAUUAAUUGUGAAGUAAUUGUUUUAUCUAAGGCUGAUUCAGUGCCUCAUGGGCACGACAGGCAAAGUAUUUGCCUCAGAUUUAGCUAAAAAGAGGUAUAUGAGCAUAGAAGACAGACAUUUGGGGUUAGAAACUGACACCAACAGCACUGCUUAGCAGCCAGGACAUGUCCCAUGACUCAGAUCAGUAUGGCAAAUACUUAGGGGGCAAUGGCAAACACAACAUUUGCACCAGAUCUAGUAACACAAAUACUAUGCCAAUGUAUGAUUUCAAACACCAAACCCAUGAAUGAUACCUGCUGUGUGGUUACUAGGGGCUUGAGGCUUUCCACUGAGCAAUAAUAAAGAAAAAUCUGCACAGGUUAAGGAACUCACACUGGGUUUUGGGGGGAAAAAACUUGUUUGUUGAGGUAUUUUUCCCCGAGCAGGCUCUCUAAAAUAGGAAAAAUUGUUAGGCACCUAUAAGCCAGCAAACUUUUUCAAACUUUUUUUUUUUUUUGAGUAUGCUCAGGGAAAAAUACCUCAACUAACAAGGUUUUUUUCCCCCAGAACCAUUCAUGAGUUCUUUAACUCACAGGGGGUUUUGAUUAGGUUUGAGCUUAUUUACAGCCAGAUGGAUUUCCUUUUAUGAAAAAUAAGUUGGUCUUAAAGUUGCCAUAAACCUUAAGAUCUGCUUGUUUGGCAAGGUCACCAGACAGGCACAUCUUUGCCUAACAUGGUCACCUCAUGCUGGUUGAAGUCAGGGGGGUUUGCUUAUUUGGCCCUAGAUACAAAUGAUUGGGUUAUAACUAGUGAUUGGCGUAAUUCUUCGGCAGACAUUGAUUUGCAGCAAAUUUCUGCAUUUCGCCAUUGGUGGAUUUUUUGACACGGGACAGAUUCGCUCAUCACUAGUUAUAAUAGGCAGCAGUGCAGGCCUUCAGGAGAGGAGCACAUCAACAAGCAGGUGCAGUUCUCGUCAUAACAAGAUUUUUAAACCUCUCCGAUAGAUAGUCUGCUUUUCAGCCAGAUAUCUAUCACAUUGCCCAUAGUAGACGGGCAGAUAAGCUGGCAACUUGGUCUAAUGGGCCAAACCGUCAUCUUAAAUCUGUCCAUGUAUGGUUAGCUUCAGCAGUACAAUUACCUAAAGUUAAGAAGGAAUAUAUUUAAAUAUUGGUCAGGGAAUCUACUUAAGGUCUUAGACAGCUCCAGUUUGUUUUAUUUAAAAUGUAGGGGCAAUGUAAUAAAAGUGGCAACAUUUUUACCAGUGCAACUUUCAACCAAUCAGCUUCUAGCAUUGACUGGGCGGUUGUUUUAAAUCAAAUAUCUGGUUGCAGUGGAUUACUAGACCCGGUGCAAACUUUACAACUUUUUGUACAUUACCUAAGUAGUGGCGGUUCUGUCUGUGACAUAACUGUAUAGCACUGUUUUAAAUACUGACAUAAUGCAGGUAAGAAAAAAAGCAAAUACUAUUUAUUUAGAGCACAUUUUAUCUUUUUAUCUUCCCACAUUAAAAACUAAGAUGUCUUCCACCCUUGAUUAAAAGCAUUGUGCAUAUGUUUGGCCUCAAUUAUAGGAUUUUGAUAAUGCUCCAAACUGCAAAAAACGUGCAUGAAAAUACCUUUUCUGUAGAUUCUAUAUAUUUGGCAGCCUGCAUGGAAGUUAUGUAAUUGAAUGUUUUGUGAAAGUUGUUAUUCUUUAUGCAUUUACAUUUUUUUCUGUGAAUAUUUUGCCCAAAAUAUUGCAUAGACAAUAGGAAGGUUAGAUUAUUAACCAUUCCUCUUAUUCUAGUGAAGUGUGUGCCUCGCUGUUUAUAUCUGUUUCAGAAGUGUGUGUGCGGUUGUGAGUAUUCACUCAGCGUCUCAGUCCUCCAAAUGUUUAUGAAGUGUUGCUGAUAUAUUUUCUUCACUGUAUUUACAAAACUAUAUAUAUAUAUACUUGCCAAUUGUGAUUCUGUAGACUAUGUUUAAGAUGCCUUUGAAACAUAACCAAAAUGAUCUAAUUUUAUAUGAUCCGCUAGGUAAAGAAUAGACUUCUUGCACUACCAGACUUGGAAAAGGGACCUGAUAUAUUAAAGUAUAUUUUUAUAGUUUAUUUUCAGUUCAGAUAUAUUUUUAACUGAAAAAAAAAGAGAUACGCUUGGUAAUUCUGAGUGCAAUCAGUUGCUGUAAAUUGAAAUUUUUAUAAAAAAAAAAAAAAAACGACUUAUCUGAAUUCAGUAUAUUUUUAUCAAACCUUCCUUUGUGGAUCGAAAAUAUCUACAGCCUGAGUUUUAGAGCAUGAUAUUUGCUGAUGUAUAAUUAUUUAAGCCUGGAUUCAUGUUAUCGUGUGCUCUUGUUAUGAUAUCUCUGUUUUAUAAAGAAGAAAGAAAAAUGAAGCAGGGUGUUAACAUGCAGUGCUGGUGUUUUUGCAAGCUGCUUUGUACGCUAGUUUAUCUUCUGCUUCUUUUUUCAUUGUUGAUAUGCAGUAUCUGUAAAUAUGUGCGAGUUUCUGCAUAGUUGUGAUAAAGUGUUUUCCAGUCACAAGUA